AUGCCUAUUCUCAAAUUGGGCACAAGAAAAAGCAAGUUGGCGAUGGUACAAGCCAAUCUUGUUAAGCAUUCCCUUGAAAGCCUUCACUCAGAUCUGCAAGUCGAAAUCGUCGGGAUGUCAACUGCUGGUGAUAGAGAUAACAGCACCUCGCUUUAUACACUCGGUGGUGCCGAUAAAGGCUUAUGGACGAAAGAAUUAGAGAAUGCACUUUUAGAUAACUCUGUUGAUAUGAUUGUGCACUCACUUAAGGACGUUCAGUCGCAGCUUCCUGAUGGUUGCACUCUGGGUGCUUUCCCAGCGAGAGAAGACCCUUCUGACGCUUUAGUUGUAAAGAAAGGUCUUUCUUAUCAAAGAUUAGAGGAUCUUCCAGAUGGUAGUGUCAUUGGUACUAGCAGUAUUAGAAGAGUCGCUCAACUUCGCAAGAGCUUUCCAAGAUUACAUUUUAAGGAUGUGAGAGGUAAUCUUGACACUAGACUUGCAAAACUCGAUGAUCCAAAUGGUGAAUACACAGCAAUUAUAUUAGCAUCAGCAGGUCUCAAGCGUUUCUCUAAUGAAUAUGAAAAGCGCAUUACAUGUAGACUCACAUCACCAACACUCUUACAUGCGGUUGGUCAAGGUAGUCUCGGAUUGGAAACGCGGAUAAACGACGAGAAUAUAUCCAAAUAUGCCGAUAGAAUAAAUUGCAAGAAAACCCAAAUUGCAGUAACUAUUGAGAGAGCACUUCUCCGUACACUUGAAGGAGGUUGCUCAGCACCAGUCGGCGUUGAAACCACUGUUUAUCAGAUUGAAGACUCUUUUGAAGUAAACUUUAGAGCUAACCUUACUACACUUGAUGGUGUAACUCAAAUUGAGCGAUAUGAAACUAAGAAAAUUGCUAAUUUGGACGAAGCCGACAAAUUUGGAGUUGAAGUAGCAUACCUCAUUAAGAAUGGCGGGGGAGAUCCUAUCUUAGCUGCCAUACAUGAUAAUAAAUCCAACCAAAUUAUAGAGAAAACUAACAUUGUACAAAAUUAGCUUAUUACCUUCUUUAAUAAUGUAUUUUGGUCUUACCACGGA